UAAGAUGUACAAGAGAUGAAACAUGUUGCUAACCAUGUGAAUCUCCAUCAGUCUCUAUACUAUAUACGUUUACUAUAUAAAAUGACCAAAUUAAGUAGAGAUUAGUACUGAAAUUGUAGUAGUUAAAGUUUCCAGUAGUUAAGAAAAAAACGCUGUUAAGGGAGAGAGCGGGUGAGAUUUGUAUUUCCGGGGUAUAGAACAAAAAAUGUUAAUUAAAAUUGAACAACACAAAUAGAUUACACUAUUGGUGAUAACUCAUUUGGUAGAACCACAACAACAUAUAAGGAUUGACAAGGUAGUAUCAAAUCAAAUCAAAUCAAUCAUGUCAACCACAUCAGCCAUUGAUUCAGACGAUGAAGGAGGCGAACUCUUUAAUGGUUUUGGUUCUGCUCCUAUGUCAAGAAGUACAUCUCAAAAACGUACUUCUAAACGAUGGUCAUUUCAUAAUAAUACCAGACCAAACUUACAAGAUAUGCCAUCAGCUGCAUCCAUAGCUCGAAGAUUAAGUGAUAUAACUGGUGAAGAUGGGGUUCAUGAAGAAAUGUCAGUAUCAGUCUUGGGUGGAGGUCAACUUUAUUCUACUGAAUCAGGUCGGUUAUUUCAUGCUGGGAAAAUCAUCAUUUCAUUAGCUGGAUUACCAGGGAGAGGUAAAACUCAUUUAUCAGUAUCAUUAACAAGAUAUUUAAGAUGGUUAGGAGUUAAAACUCAUCUGUUUCAUCUUGGUAAUUAUAGAAGAGCAAGUGCUGAAGAUGAUAUUACUCAUGAUUUAUUUGUUCCAUCUCCAAAUAGUAAAAAAGCUAAUGAUAUUCGAAAUAAAAUUGUUAAUGAAUGUUUAAGUGAUAUUUUAAAUUUCUUUAAAAAUGAUAAAGGUCAAGUAGCAAUUUAUGAUGCUGUAAAUGCUUUACCAGAAUAUAGACUUGAAUUACAUCAAAGAUUUAAAGAAUUAAAUAUUCAAGUAUUAUUUAUUGAAAGUUUGGUUACUGAUGAUUCAAUUAUUAUGAAAAAUAUGGAAGAAGCUGCAAGAUCAUCCCCUGAUUAUUUAUCUUGGGAUUAUCAAAAAGCAUAUAAAGAUUAUAGUGAAAGAAUUAAAACUUUAACUCCUUAUUAUAAAGAAAUGGGUGCAGAAAAAGAAUCUGAAUUAUCAUAUAUUAAAUUCAUAAAUUUUGGAGAAAGAAUUGAAUUACAUAAUUCAAAUUAUGGUUAUUUAAUUAAUAAAGUUGUAUUUUAUUUAAUGAAUUCUAGAAUUAAACUGGGAUCAGUAUUUUUUGCUAGAUGUUAUAAAAAUUCAUUAGAAUAUACUCAAGAUCCACCUUUAGAUGAAGAAGGUUUAAAAUAUUCUCGAGAUUUAGCCGCUACAUUAUUUGAUCAUUUAAAAUCUCAAGGUAAACAUUAUAUUAAAGAAUUAGAUGAAAUAAAAGAACGAUUAAGACCUUUAGCUCCUGCAAGAACUCUUUCAGUUGAAGAAAGACAUCCUGCUGCUGGAGUUGAUGGAGUUGAUAUUAAUUCAUUAGUAGUUUGGACAUCAGUUAAACAAAGAACAGUUGAAACUACCAAAUUCUUUGCUGAAAGAAAUGUUAAAAUAAGACAUCGAAUUCAAUUAUCUCAAAAAAAUCCUGGUAUAGUUGGAGGAUUAUCGGAAGAAGAAAUUGAACAAAAAUUCCCUAAUGAAUAUGAUCAUUAUCAAAGAGAUCCUUAUCAUUAUCGAUUCUCGAGAUCAGAAUCUUAUCAUGAUUUAGCCAUAAAGAUCGAACCUCUAAUCUUAGAAAUGGAAAGAAUGAGUGGAGAUAUAUUAAUCAUUGCUGAUGAUACGAUUUUAAAAGUAUUUUAUGGCUAUUUAAUGUCUUGUUCAUGUUAUGAUAUUCCAUAUUUAAAUUUCCUGACUGAUGAAAUCAUAGAAGUUAAAUUUAAUGCAUAUUCAAAUAGUGCCACUAGAAUCCCAAUCACUUCUCAUGAAAAGUAGUAGUUGAUUUGGGGUUAAUUACUUUAUUAUCUAUUUAUUGACUAUUAUAUAUAUAUUAUUAUUACUUAAAUUAUCGAAAAUUGUAGCACGUGACUUUUUUUUG